GCUCACUACUUCCUUUGUCCCAUCUAUUGCCAUCAACAAACCAAUACCCCUAUAUAUACACUCAAAAUCCCUACUUAUUUCUUCACCAAAACACACUUUCAAUCAUCAAAUGGCUUCAAAAAUCCUCUUCUCCUUCUUGCUUGUCCAGUUACUAUCCUCACCAUCAUUUUCAGCUCCUACAACAUCCACCCUCUUCCGAGAAUACAUCGGCGCAGAAUUCAACGGCGUCAAAUUCUCCAACGUCCCCAUAAACCCUCACAUUGACGUCCACUUCAUUCUCUCCUUUGCCAUUGACUACACAAUCUCUGAUCCCUCUCCAACCAACGGUGACUUCAAUAUUUUUUGGGACACAGACAAUCUUACCCCCUCCAGUGUUUCCACCAUCAAAAGUACGCACAACAAUGUCAAGGUUGCACUUAGCCUUGGCGGUGAUAGCGUUGGCAAUGGCUAUGCAUACUUCAAUCCUUCCUCUGUUGAUUCUUGGGUCAAUAAUGCAGUAUCAUCGCUAACAAAGAUCAUCAAACAGUACAAUUUGGAUGGUAUUGACAUCGACUAUGAACAUUUCAAAACUGAUCCAGAGACAUUUGCAGAGUGUAUUGGUCAGUUAUUGACUACUUUAAAGAAUAAUGGUGUUAUCUCAUUUGCCUCAAUAGCUCCAUUUGAUGAUGAUCAAGUGCAGAGCCAUUACUUAGCGUUGUGGAGGAAAUAUGCGCAUGUCAUCGACUAUGUCAACUUUCAGUUCUAUGCCUAUGAUUCAGGGACGACGGUUUCUCAGUUUUUGAGCUAUUUUGAGACGCAAAGCACUAAUUAUAAAGGGGGUAAGGUUUUGGCGAGCUUUGCUACUGACAAUACCAGUGGUGGAUUGAGACCAGAAGGGGGAUUUUUCAGUGCCUGCAAUAGCUUGAAGAGGCAAGGAAAGCUUCAUGGUAUAUUCAUUUGGUCUGCUGAUGACUCGAUGAACAAUGGGUUUCGCUAUGAGAAGCGAUCUCAGACGAUGCUUGCAAGUUCUCAUUGAGCUAAAGUUAAGACACUAGCAUAUAUUGGUGUAAGAUAUGCAUCUAAUGUCAUCUCAUGUGUGCUCUUAAGUUCAGAAGUUGUGUGUGUGUGUGUGUGUAUUUGCUGCUGUUCAAUCUAUGAAUCAUAUUCAU